CGGAUAUGACUCACACCUCUGUGCUUAAAUACCCCCACGGAGGCUAAACCUAAUCCCUAUCCUUGUUCCCCCCAGAGCGCUCCUCGCCGCCGCCAGGUCGGGGCGGAUCCACCGUCGCCGAUGCUCCGGCUUUUGCCGACGGCGGUAGAUGAUUUUCUGCGUACCAGGGUACCGGCUGGUACCGCUGGCGGCGCAACGCCGAUAAAUUUUCGACGGCGCCUUGGAGAUGUUUAUAGAUCCGCCAUGCCGCCUGCUCGAUGACCAGCAGGGCGUCUUUUCUCCCUUAAUCAGUGAGGUCAUCUGUUCAAGGUUGUAUCUCUCUUAGACUGAUUUUCAUCGGGGGACGCUUCCACCAAGGACCAGAUCCGGCGCUGAUGCAAUCUUCCGGGCUCGGAGAGGAUCUGUCACACAAGGGCAGAGCGGCUCCAUAUGGAUCGAGUCCCCGAAUCCGUAAAGUUUGGCGGGUCAGUUCCAUAUGGAUGAUCGAUUUAUUGGGUUCUUGGGGCUCGUGCUUGCGCCCGGAUCCGACAAGCGGAACUGCCCCGGAUCGGAAAAGCUCCGAUUCAAUCUGCGGAUUGGCUGCUUCUUGGGCCUGGCCCGUUACGCGCGCUCUCCAUACCAAUGCACGAAGAGAUGCAGCAAUGCGCGGCCCAAGGCCCGUUACUGGAACCCACCGGACGCCCCGAGCCGCAUAUGAGCCUCCGUUUCGUUCCCCUCCUUACUGCGGCUGCUUGUGGCUCCGGUCGGGUGGGCUGGCGGAGGGGCGGGGGGCGGAGGGCCGGAGCCAACUGGCGGCGGCGGCUGGGAGACACGGCUGCGGGGAGGCGGAACGCACUGGCGGUGGCGUUGCAAUCUGAGUGGUCAGGGCGGAGGGCCCGUGGCCACUGGUGGCUGCGACUGCGAGACACAACUGCGGGAAGCCAGAGCUGACUGGCGAGGGCGGCCUGAGGUAACAAUCUGAGAGGUUGAAGAUGGCUGAUGCUAGUUACCGUCAAAGACUGCGGGAUGCAGCUAAGUGUCGCCAUUAUGAGAAUACCGUCAUUUCUCAAACUGAGGCCAUUUUUCGCAGACCCAUCAACAUCCAAAGGCACCUGAAUGACCUUUUCAGAAUAGAAUUUCCCUUAAGACCAACUCCAGAUCAAUUUAUGGAAUUCUAUAGAGUUACUCGGGAACGCUAUGAAGCAAUCUCUUUUAUGUCAGUUCCUGGAGUUCUAUAUGAUGGCAGACCUGUUCAGAUACCAGUCACGGCCCCUAGUUACAUCGAGGAAAAGACUUACCACACCAUUGUCAUACGCCUUGACAAUGGAUAUGUUGUGGAGUUUCUUAUUCAAGAAUCAAAGAAUUAUGUUGUUGGGUUGAGAGUAUAUCGGAUUGAAAAUCAGAGAAAUGCUGCCCCUUGGUUUGUAUUUGAUACAGUGACAUUACCUCAAUACUUCGGAGAAUGCAUACCAAUCAACUAUCCCUUGAGCUACACUAAUGUUGACUUGGUCUUAUUCGGAGCUGGAGCUGUCUCGGAUGCAGUGGACUUCUUUUCCACAUAUCUGGAUAAUCCUCACCAGCAGUCUACAGAUCAGGGUAAACUGCACUGCCAGUUAUUCUUUCUGCUGUUUGGUGAAGGACCCCGGUUCCGUAUUGCGCAGCAGUGGGCUAGAGACAAUGCUCUUAAUGUCAAUUGGCAGCAUCCUGAAGCUGUCCUUCUCGAACUACUGCAUGAUUAUUCCAAGCUCUGCGAUUGUUCGUUUCAUCUACUCCAGUAUUAUGUUGAGAUCCCUUUUCUUGAUGCCCUUUUGGACGACCUGAAGGAGCUCAGUCCUUUUGCUCGUACCCUGUCUGAUGCUAAGAAAAGGUGGGAGCCAUAUGAGGCCAAAUAUGCGAGUGCUGGCUUGGUCUUCCGAAGAGGUGAUGGCAAGAUUAUAUUGGAAUCUUUGGUGGGUGGUGAACUGUUGCUCCUCAAUUACAAUUACAAGUUCUGUACAAGGAUUCAGAUGAGACAAGCAGGUUAUGAUGGUCAAUGGUUUGAAAGGCUUAGCAAGUAGAGCAGUGGCUAAAACUGAUGUAAACGACUCAAUUUUGGUACUAGCGCAGUGUACUGAUUCCAGCUGACUUUGGUAUCACUGUUUAUGGUUCAAACUUUGUACUGAACUAUUUCUUCUAGGACAAGCUCUGAAGGAAAGCCUAUAUGAACCCCUGAGCUUCAGGUUGCUCCAACUGUUGUUGUUUGACAUUUUGUGUGUGUAAGCUCUGAAGGAAGCCUAUACUGAACUAUUUCUUCUA